AUGGACGGUGUCAUCAACGCUUAUGACCUCCCAAUGCUGUAUAGCUAUCAGGCCUUGACUUAUUUCUAUGGUACGCCUCCUCAUUCUAUCAUGAUUCCGCGACUCGAUCAUUAUGUGAAGCCGCAAUGGCCUUUCUUUGGUCUGACGUUCGAUGAAGAACUCGUGUACCUCCGCAAAUCAAAGUGGGGAACAACAAAAGCUUUGUUUAUAACUGCCCGUUACUCGACUUUCGGAGUUUUCUUUUUUCGAGUCUAUAUGGACUCUAUGUCUGAUCCCAACGUCAAUGACUGUCACACGUUCGAUCUCACCGUCAGAGUGUUCACGCUUCUUUCCAUCGGAUGUUCGGAGGGGUUGUAUAUCAUCAGAGCAUACGCAUUGUGGCGAAAAAGCAAACGAGUCCUUACACUCAUUCUCGUCACAUAUUCCGUUGGUUGCUCUAUGCAGAUUGACAUGAGCAAAUCACUGAAUUCAGUCAGGCCUGCGUCAUUCUCGUGGCUGCCGUGGGGUUAUCAUCGGGCGGGUCUACCACAUUUUGAACUAGUCUCGAAAUCACCUGUCUCCACCCUUGUCGGAUGCUACCUGACCUCUCAGGGCAAUUUAUUAUAUGUAAUGUUCAUCUCACUCAUGGUAUUCGAGUUAGAACUCGUUAUCCUUGUUGGAAUUCAAGUCAUUAAAUCGUAUCGCGAAAGCGGUAGCCAUCUGCUCAAAGUUAUCGUUCAACAGAAUGCGACUUACUAUGCAUGCGGCCUCCUUUGGUCAGCUGUAAAUAUUUUAGCCUUCCUGCUCCUGAAGGAUGAUUACAGCAGCAGUUUGCAAUAUUUCCAGAUCGGUAUGCACUACUAUUCUCGCAACGCGCAUGCACGUCGCCUUGUGGAAGACUGA